GUCCACUGCAAGCGCAGGGGAGGGAAAGAGGAGCCGGCCGCGACCACUUGCCCGCGGGCGGCAGGGGGAGACGCGCAGCCUCCGGCCCCGACCACUGCGUCGGCCCGCGGGGGUGAUGCGCGGGGCUCCUCUUUGGAGCGCGCUGGGGUCGGUUGAGUCCGGCAUGGCCCGGAGCGGUGUGGCACUACUGCUGCCGCCUCUGAUGCUCCUGCUGCUGGCAACCCCUGCCCAGGUCUCCCCCGACUACCAAUACUUCGGCGAGCAGGGAGAAGGGGACACCUGGGAGCAGCUGCGGCUGCAGCAUCCGGAGAAAGACUUGGAAGACUCUGCCCUUGGCCCCUGGGGAAAGUGGCGCUGUUUCUGCGACCUGGGUAAGCAGGAGCGCAGCCGCGAGGCUGUGGGCACAGCGCCGGGCCCGGUGUUCAUGGACCGCGAGAAUCUGGUUCAGGUGCGGCCCUGCCGGCAACGGGAUUGUUCAUCCUGCGAGGCGAACGACUGCGACUGGAGGCCCUGAGCCCGGCCCCGGCGGGCGGAGCUCCAGUGACACCCGGGCGGAGCUUAGAAAGCGACCCCGCCCAUCCAGUUCCCCAACCGCAGAGCUCGGCGGUCAGCCUCGGAAACUACAGUUCCCAGGAAGC